AUGAAGCUCGUCAGAUUCUUGAUGAAAUGCGCCAACGAGACGGUGACCAUUGAGCUCAAGAACGGCACCAUCAUCCAUGGCACAAUCACAUCAGUCUCGCCGCAGAUGAACACGGCGCUGCGCACCGUCAAGAUGACGGCAAAGGGCCAAGACCCUAUCCCGCUCGACACGAUGAACAUCCGCGGCUCCACAAUCCGAUACUUUAUCCUGCCGGACUCGUUGCCCCUCGACACACUCUUGAUCGACGACUCGGUGAAGCCCAAGAACAAGGCCCGCAAGGAGGUCGCCGAUCGUGCCCCUGGCGCGCGUGGCGGCAGAGGCGGAAUGCGUGGCCGCGGCAGAGGACGUGGUCGUGGUUUUGGCAGGGGAAGAUAA